AGCUGUUGUGGAUGUCAAUCAUCAGGACAUUUCUAGUGUCUGGUUUCCUGUGUUACCGCCCUUGGGUUGAGACAGUGAAGACGGGUGCGGGAAUUUCUUUGCUUUCCCACCAGGAAUAGGUCAAUAAAGAGUAAAACACUUGCAGAAAUUUUUCUAAGACACUCAAUCAAACUGGACCACGGUCUCUCUCUGACAGACAGUGUGAAUCAUGGCUCUUCCUUUUAAGAAAGAUCUGGAGAAGUAUAAGGAGAUCGAUGAGGAUGAGAUUUUGGACAAGCUGUCAGAGGAGGAGCUCAAGCAACUGGAGAGUGCUCUAGAUGAGAUUGACCCAGAGAAUGCUCUGCUGCCAGCUGGACUCAGGCAGAAGGACCAGACCACAAAAACGGCCACCGGUCCAUUUAACCGUGACAAACUCCUGCAGUAUCUGGAGAAGGAGGCUAUGGACCAUAAAGACAGAGAAGAUUUCAUCCCCUUCACCGGAGAGAAGAAAGGAAAGGUAUGGAUUCCCAAACAGAAACCAAUUGAGUUGCGUCAGGAGGAAGUCACGACCCUUGACCCGGAAUUGGAAGAAGCACUGUCUAGCGCUACUGACACAGAACUGCAUGACCUGGCAGCUAUUCUUGGAGUGAACACACUGGUGACGAGCACGCAGACUUAUGACGGCACCUGUAAAGACGGUUAUAACAAUGUUAUUAAAGGAGAAAAGGUAAAGCCAGUUUUCGAUGAACCACCAAACCCUACAAACGUGGAGGAAACUCUACAGCGGAUAAAGUCCAAUGAUUCCUCACUCACCGAAGUUAAUCUCAACAACAUAAAGAACAUUCCAAUCCCGACUCUCAAGGAGUUUGCCAAAGCCAUGGAGAGGAACACUCAUGUGAAGAAGUUCAGUCUGGCUGCCACCAGGAGCAAUGACCCUGUCGCCGUGGCCUUCUCAGACAUGCUACGAGAGAAUAAGACGCUAAGGAGUUUGAAUCUGGAGUCUAAUUUCAUCACCGGUGCAGGAGUUCAGGCCCUGGUAGAAGCUCUGCGGGACAAUGACACGCUCUCAGAGAUCAAGAUCGACAACCAGCGGCAGCAGCUCGGUACGUCGGCGGAGAUGGAGAUCGCCAAGAUGCUGGAGCAGAAUACGAGCAUCGUGAAGUUUGGGUACCAGUUCACCCAGCAGGGUCCCAGAUCCCGCGCCGCUGCUGCAAUCACAAAAAACAAUGACCUGGUGCGGCAGAGGCGAGUAGAGAGGGAUGUGUAGAGCAUAUUCUCCUCUCCAUCUCUCUCUUUCUCUCUCUCUCUCUCUCUCUCUCUCUCUCUCUCUCUCUCUCUCGAGCUGAUCAGACUCUCGUGCCAAACUCUCUGAGGGAGCCGCAUCACCUGAAGAAGGGACACAACUGGAUACUUUGCCUCCCUAAUAUUAAUACUCAAUGAUCCUUUUGUUAUGUUUUAUUGUUGUUCAUUGUUGUUUUUAUAGCUGCAACUCUUUUGCAGCUUUUUUGUUGUUUUAUUUUUUGCUAAUGUAAAACCUUUUAUGCUCUUUUCUUUAUAAAAGUUGAAAUGAAACAGAACAGGUUACGACGGUUACAUGCACACAAGUUUCUAUAGUGAUCUCUUUAUGGAUCGGCUGGAUCAGAACCUGUCGCCCACAUUCACUCUGAACAAAUCUAGACUCAACUGGACUGGAUCUGCUGUGUUCCCCGCUAAAUGUGAGCUAAAUCUAGAUUUGUCGUGUCUGGGUUUGGAGCACAGGUUUGAACAGAGCUGCGUUAGCCAAUGAGAGUCGUGCUGAUCAUAAUGGACACUCCUUAAUAAGUCAUCUUGCUGUUAGCUUUGCCGUGAGGGCUAUAGCGUGGGCUGUGUGUGGAUGUCAUUGGGCAGCUUGGUCGUCUUAAAAACACUCUGUUUCCACACUGCACCUCAUCGCACCUUCUGAUACAUGUUCUCCCAUCGGUUUUGCUGCCGAUUAAGAUAUUCGUAUGGUAAAAUUCACCUCCGUUCCCAAGACACACCAGCUGAUACUGUGUGUCUGAAGAAUUUCAAUGCUAAUUUAAGAUCAGUGCCCCAUUUCUAUCUACUGUCAUUGGAGAUGGAAAAACUUGUACUAGAUCAGCACUAAUUACAACUUUGGGUGUAUAAAUGAAGGUCAAAUGUUUGACCCGUUUCACAUAUGACUUAAAAGCUGUAGACUUCUAAGGUUUUUUCCACCAAGCAAUGCACUAAGGGAUAUUUUCUUCUUUUUUUCUGCACAAGAAGUAAGCAUUUAUGUAAUGUAGUUGUCAAUUAUAGAUUUAGAAGAGAGUAUCUUUCCUAUAGAUACAUCUGAAAUGGCUUUUCUAAUACCAUGCCAAAGACUAACACCUAAAUACUCUCAUUUGCAG